AGUAAAAUGAGUGUCCGUGGAUGUUGGGUGAUAUCAGUAGAUAGUGGGGAAGAUGGAAGAUCAACUGGAAAGACGUUGUUUUCGAGAAUCUUCCCGAGUGUAGAAAAGAGGGCCAAGCUGUGUGCUGAUAGUGACCAUUAUGUUCCUUUGCCAGAUACACAGGUUUUCCUGGAGGAUCUUCUCAAUGAGCUUGGGAUCCAAUUAACUAUUAAAAAGUUUAUUGGAUCAAGAGACAGCUGCAAGAAAGUUGACCAAAAGCCUGUCUUUGGAGUUCAUACCGCUGCUGGGGUCAUAUGGCCAGUAUUAGUAUUGGAGCAGGCUGGUUUGUUGUACUGUUGUGUGCCCCUUGUAGAAGUUGUUGGAUCUUCUUCCCAAGUUUCUUUGAUUCAAAUUCCAGGUAUUGCCGCUGGCUACAGUUUGCUUCUUGGAAUAGCUGAUUUUGUAGGCAAACCACAAGGAGAGGUUCUCAGUGAGACCUCCAGUGUGAUAGCAGACUUGUACCUGUACUUGAGUUGUGCGGCACCAUUUGGUACACCCCAAAAUGUACAGCCAGACAUUGUACGCACCACACUACAGGCCAAAAACACCCCAGUGCCAAAAGAUAAGCAACCUGCGUGGAGGCCAGUUGCUUACAAAGGAAAACCCAACAUUUAUUUUGCAAUUACUGAGCAAAUAAAGGCAGUGCAAUAUGACAGCUCUAGUAUCAAAGAUGUGUGGGAUUUAUAUGGCACAGUCACAUGUAUGGCAGAACUAGAGGGGAUCAAACCUGAAGUCAGCGUUCCUUUCACUUGGACAGAUAAUGGACAAAGUCCUACACUGAACAAGUUCCUUUUUCAUCAUUCUGUACAGUCAAGCACAAUAGGCGGGUCAGAAUGCAGGCUCGAGUUCUUCCCUCCCCCUGAAAUGUUUGUCUUGUGUCAGUAUACUGCUUCCGGGAUAGAUCUACCCAUAAAAGGCUUUUACCAGAUGAAGGGAGAUUUGUUUAAAGCUGAUUUGCUGCUGCAGCUAAAACUUAAAGAACAUGUCAAGAAUACAUUCCAGUACUGUUUUGUUCAACUUCCAUUUUAUAAUAGGGGAUUAAUAGUGAAUCAAGAUUGUACAGCCAGUCAUGGCAGUGUCAGUGUAUCACCCAGUGAUGGCAGGACACUAGUGUGGAAUGUAGGUCAGAAAUUUCCUAGCAAAACACUGGAAGUGUCCCUGAAGGCAGCACUUCUAUUUGACAAGGCUGGUUCUAUUAGCAAGGGGUUGUAUGAUGAUCCUUUUUGCGUGGGCCAAAAUGCAUAUGCACAGGUUUAUUUCAAAAUGACAGAAUACACACAAACUGGUAGCAUGAUUGAACCAAAGACUGUGCAAGUCUCUCCUGCAGCUAAAGUGAAGGUUACUGUAGUGCGUGAGUACUUGGCAUCUGACUACAAGAUAUGGAAUUCGCACGGAGAUGCUCAAAUGACAUUUGCUCCUACUUUACCAAGCUGACAGACACCCACAGACUGAAGUAAAUGAUUUAAAUGUGUUGAAUGCUUGACAAUCACUGUCACUUUGAUGAUGGCUGUUUCAGGAAAAGAUAAUGAAUUAUUUUUCAGGAAUAUGAAUUAUCAUAAGGAAAGAGUUUACUAAAAGGCAAAAGGGGUGAUUUAUCAUUUGAAAGUGAACUGUGUUUUGUGAAUGAUUGGCAUUGUAUGCCAUGUUAAAAUAUUUUAAUAUUUUAAAAAAGACCUUGUUAAAAUGUUGAAAUUCAAGAUGGCCCAAAGAGAUGUAUUAGUGAGGUAUGGAGAUGAUUUUCUUCCAUACUGAAUAUCUUUCUUAAUAACUUGAUUCAUCCAGUAAGAUGUAGGCAGCUAGUGGUAAAAGUACAGAUAAGAUAAAAUAGUUGUGUGAAUUUUUUAGUGUGUAUACAUAUAUAGUGCUGAAAAUGUCAAGCAAUAUUAGAUAAUCAGGAGACAGUUAAAAGUUCUUCAACUAAGGUGUUAAAAGAUACUAAUAGUACUAUAAUAGUACAAGUAUGUAUCAUUCCACAAAAAAGUGAUCGUAUUUUCGUCAAGUUAAUGAAGAAGACACAGUGUGCAACAUGUACAUGGCUGUUUUGUAUCACUCAAUAAUUACUGUUGAUUUUUUUUGUAGAGAAUACUACAUUGUUAAAAUCAAAAUACUCACAAAUAUUGCUUUCUUCUUAAAUCAUGGUUUAAGUCUGAUAAAACAUGUAUCGUGAAGCUUUACAUGAAAUAGAGGACAUAACUGUCUUGACAUCAUCUUCUAAAUCAUCUCCUUUGUGUCAUGCCAAGCUCUGCAACUCUUAGUAUUAUGUAUUGCCUUCCUUUGUAAUGUAAAAUGGAGGUUACCAAAUGGUAUAGGUAAUAACAUUGCAUGUUGCUUUGUUUACAAAUAUUUUGUUAGGUUUGUAAAAGAUUAAAUUUAUACAUAACCAUGAGAUCCUAUAUAUUAUGUAUGAUGAAGAAGAUUAAUAAAUCAAUUUGAAGUAUUUGCAGAAUUUCUAGAAAGUUUUGCAUCAUAUGUUUAUAUCUCCAUCCUGAUAAGUGUGGGAUCCAGUAAAGACACCAAACACAAUAAAUAGAUUCGUUGAUAUUUAGUCAGUGAACAACACUUUUCAUAUUUUUUUUUUACUCAAAAGAUUUUACAAUUAUACUUUAAGUAAUUUACCAGGUAAUUAAAAUUUUCAAGAUUGAUAAGAAUUAUUUAACUAUGACAUGACCAAGGUAGCCAGCUAAACAAACAAGUUUUGUGGGGCUGCAUCAAUAUACAUACCUGUACAAGUGGUACCAGAAUGUGCUAGUGGUACUUUUACAUUUUGGAUUGAUACAAUUUUUGUUAUAGUCCUGUGGGGUUCAAGCAGGACAUAUGUUAGGUCAUAGAAGAGAAGAAAAAAUCUGGGAAUAUGGCAAUGUGAUAUCACCUAUACUUCAUAUACAUUGUAUAGCAGCUUAUGCAUGCUAACAGUGACACCAGUAGCUUCAUGUGCUCUGUGAACAGUGCUGAAGAGAGAAAAGUUGAUAUGUUGUUAUGGUUCUGAAUACCAGAGUGUAAAUUUAGAUCCUACCAACAUGUUGUAGGUUGAAUUAAAUGUUGAUAAGAUAUGAUGUCUUUUAUCUGUACACAUGAGGAAAAUGAAUUUGUGAUCAAAGGUGUAAGUAGCAAUGACUGAACUAAGGCAGUCCUGAAUAAA